AUGCCUUGGAUCAUUGCAAUAGAUUGGUCUUUUCAAAUGUUGCGUCCCCUUUCUCAUGACAAGAAAAGUCUCUUUGUUCAUUCUCAAUCGAUUGCCAAGGAAUUUUUGCAUAAACUACUCAAAUUUGAUCCUCACGACUUUGUCUCCCUUGUAGCAAAAUCAAGCAGUGACACAUUCUUUUGCCCUGGUUUCACGGAUUCUAAUUCCACUUUGGAAAACACCGUCGACUCCUAUCCAAAUCCUUCUUCGAGACUUUGCUUACGCAACGAUUUCACUUCGACUUUGAUAAAGUUAGUGGAGAAGGAAUUGCCAAAAUUCAAUAUUUAUCAACACUUGCAUGUCCUUGUUAUAACGGAUGGCUGGAGUGAGGGGAUUCCCGGUGAUCACGCGUCGGAGUUACUUCCCUCGGUGGCUUCCAAGGAGGUCACUUGUAUUGUCGUCAAUUUAUUUGAUGCACAAUCAUCAUCCAAGCUGAAUGUGUUGAAGAGCUAUUUUGAAGAUUUCCACGUUGUUGAAAACGCAUCUACUAUUCCCAUUGGCGUGGUAGUGGAUUCCGUGCUGGCUCUGCAGCGUUGUGAAGUGUAUUCUCAAGGAUUUAUUGCCUGUGGGCACCUUAUUGCCCCUGUUACAUUGGCACCAUCGCCAUGUAUUCGCAAAUGGAAGCAUUUGGGAACUCUACCGGAACAGGAGAUCCAACUCUUUGUGGAGGUAUUUGGCUUUCUGCAAGUGAACGACGUGAGCCAUCCGCCUAUUGCUAGCCGCCAUACUCUGAUUCACGCCCCAGGAGGUGACACUUCAAUGGAGAGUCGUGGUGUUGAGGUGUUGCGGGUCAUGAUGGCGGCUCUGGGUGCCUCAGAAACCGUUGGAAUGGCGAAUGUUUAUAUCCAACCCCGCACGAAAUCGCCGAAGGUUACCAGGAUCUCGGAUGAAUCAGUUGAGCUUCCUGGGGGUCGAGAAUUUCUCACCCACGGCUUCAUCAGUCGAUUCAGUGCGCGUCGAGACUGCAUUCUUCUGCUCUCUCUUUUUGGUAAAGGCAGUGAAGCGGUAGCUUGGUUAGGUCAGUUCGACUAUCUCGCACCGGUAGCAGUCUUUGAAGGGAAAACGGUCUACAAUGCCGCAGAACACGUCACUCCCUUCCCAGUCUGCGUCGCCGAGCAACUGAGCUACGUUGUCCCUUCUUCAGCAGUCCCUGGCGGAUCAGAUUUUCAUUAUGUGAACUGGGCAAACACCGCAAGCGGUCCAUCGGCGGAUUUCUCCAAGGUUCUUCGGCUUGCGAAGCGUCUUCCCGAAAAGGCGGACAUCUUCUUGAAGGAGCUAAGUCGUCUGGCGUCGGUGACGCAAGCCCUUGGCUUGCCUCGACUGUUGGAUACACUGCGACUGCUUCUCAUGGAAUACCUUCCCCCAACUUUAGACGCGGAGCUCCUAUCGAAGGUUCGCCGAAUUCUCCGCAUCGAAACGCCUUCUUGUACAGCCUAA